AUGGGAGACGAAAAGGAUGAGAGUGUGACGAAGAACAAAAACGAUGGCCCUUCUUCCAUUAAGUUUUCAAUGUUUACAUCAUCUAAUUAUACAGUUUGGGCUAUGCGUAUGAAGAUAGCUCUCAAGGUCAACAAAGUGUGGGAGGCUAUAGACCCCGGAAACAAAACUGAAGAAAAGAAUGACAUGGCUAUUGCCUUGAUAUUUCAGUUCUAUACCCGAGGCCUUAACAUUACAGAUGAAAGAGGAAGAUACAAUGAUGCAUUUGUUGGGAAGCUUUCAGAGAUUACUUCAAAAUCAGCAUCACUCGGUGAGAUCAUUGAGGAAUUAAAGAUUGUGAAGAAGUUUCUGAAAAGCUUACCGAGGAGAAAGUAUAUCCAUAUUGUUGCAUCUCUGGAGCAAGUCCUUGACCUAAACCUAACAAUCUUUGAAGACAUUGUUGGGAGAUUGAAAGCAUACGAAGAACGGAUCAGAGAAGAUGAUGAGGAACAAGAAGAAGAUAAAAGCAAACUCUUGUACUCCAACACGGAAUCACAGCAAGAUCAAUAUGGAGGUCGAGGACGAGGACGAGGCCAAUGGAGAGGAAGAGGCCGUGGUAGAUAUGACAACUUCCAGCAGCAACGUGAAGCUUAUCGACAAGGGGUUCAACGUGAUACUUCGCACAUCACCUGUUUCAAGUGCGACAUACAUUACCCAUGUGACUGUCCAUACAAAUUGCUUAAGCUCCAAGAAACUGCUGAGAAGAAAGACGAAGAUACACAAGACGCUGAUGAUCUCAUUAUGCAUGAGGUGGUAUAUCUCAACGAACAGAAGGUAGACCCAAUCAACUUUGAGUCAGAUCAAGACUCACAAAACUUAUGGUAUCUUGACAACGGAGCAAGCAAUCAUAUGAGUGGGAAUCGAGCUUUCUUCUAUCAAUUAGAUGAAGGGAUUACAGGCAAGGUACAAUUUGGAGAUAAUUCGUGCAUCGACAUAAAAGGCAAAGGAUCAAUACGUUUUACAUUCGCUGGUGGUUCAAAGAAAAUAUUGAAGGAUGUGUAUUAUAUACCUGCGUUGAGAAGCAACAUUGUAAGCUUAGGACAAGCCACAAAAGCGGGGUGUGAGGUACGAAUGAAGGAGAACACACUGAUGUUAUAUGAUCGACAAGGACGAGUGAUGAUCGAGACAGUGAGAUCAAAGAAUAGACUAUACAAGGUCACCUUACAUGCCGACGAAAUCCAUUGCCUUCAGCUCGAUGCAACAACACAAUCAUCAAUGUGGCAUGCUCGCCUUGGUCAUGCCAACACCGAAGCUAUGAAGCUGAUGAUAAAUAAAGAGUUAGCUAUUGGCUUACCAAAGAUUACCGUUGAUAAAGAGACGUGUGAAUCAUGUCUUCGAGGAAAAUAA